CCUACACCAUAUCAAUGGAUGAGGUUCUCAGCCGUCUUCUGACUUCUCCCCAUCUACUCAACCUUGCGAUACACCGAGAUCGGCAACAUCACUUCGCGCUUCUUUGAUCAUUUCGUGCUCACGCGCCGAGACUCAUCGUCGAUUCGUCGCUUCAUCGAUCCCGUCGCCAUCUCUCGUCUGGUAAAUCGUCGCCCGCCGCCCGCAUCCGCAUCGCUUUCACCGUCAUUUGCCAGCUUGCCUACGCUCUUUUGCGAUUAUACCAUUGUCUACGACGUCGAACACCCCCCCCGCCACGCGAAUCCCCAAGCUCCUUUCCCUUCCGCAACCCCGACCUUCCCGUCUAUCCUUCUUAGGACCUCCAUCGCCAAUGCUUUGCCUCGGUGAUCAUGGCCGCGCCAGCUAACAACCCCUUCGGGGGGUCUCCUGCGCAGGCCCUUACCAAUGCUUUUGGCGCACCCGCUCUUCAAUCUGCAUCUGUAUUCGGCCAGCCAACUCAGAGCACUCCGUUUGGCACACCAUCUCAGACCAACUCCGGCACGUCGAAUACGACACCUUUCACUGCGCCCAUUGUAAACCCUUUUGCUGCCCCAAUAUCUGGCGUCGGGCCCUUAUCGACAGGAAACCCUUUUGCGCCUCCGGUCCGCUCGUCAUCUGUCUUCGGAACGCCGGCUACUUCUGCCCCGCAGUCAAGCGCCCCUCCAUUAACAAUAAGCAAUCCAUUUGGCAGAGCGUCACCACAGCCGUCCGCACCCAACUCAUUUGCUCAAGGUGCGGCCAACACGUCAGGCGGUCCAUCGGGCUUUGGAGCUGGCGACGAAGACGCGAUGGCCCGUGGGACCAAGCAGUUUGGCAACAACAAGAAUGGUGGGUUUGGUGGACGAGGCCAGAGCAGUGAUGAGCCACGUGGUGGUCGGUUCCCGAAUUCAAAGUUCUUAGGGAAACAACCCAACGAGCAUGGAACGGACGAGAACAACGGACUCCAAACCGUCGACCGGAACAAGAAGCCUAAGCGGAAUGACCGCAGUCGAUCCCCUCGUAGGGUGAAUGGGGACGAGGAAGGGCCCGUCCGAGAGCCUACCGAAAGGACGAAGGAGUUGUCACCCUUCGCCUUCAGCUUUGCAAACAAGCUGUACGGCCGGCUUAAGCAAGAGAAUAUCAACCCUCCACAAUGGCCAGCAGAACCUGGCAAUCCCAACAAGCGCGGCGCUAUUGAGGGCCUGAAAGAUGCGUAUAAGAAAUACCGCACUCGCGUCUACGCAUCCCUACGAAAAGCUGAGCUCAUCGACGACCCGGAGAAGAGGCGGAGGCUCGAGGAUGCGCUCCCUUUCAAAGGCAUAUGCGAAGACAUGUGCCCAGAAUUUGAGCAGGUCUACCGUAUUGCCGAGCAUGAUGUUAAGACAGAAGAGAAGGAAGUUCAGCCUGGCGGACUGAUGCUGUGGCCGGAACCGUCCCGGAUGGUCAAGAAGUUUGCCAGGUCUGCUGCUGGUCAAGAUGCGCCCCUGCCCAUGGAUGUCCGCUCUGUCGAUGCGCUACGGAGGACGACGGACUAUCUCUUCAAAGAUCUUCUCCAAUCGGAGAACAAUCUGCCUUCAAUGCACAACUUUCUCUGGGACCGGACGAGAGCGGUCCGGAAAGACUUCACCUUCCACUCUCAGAAGACCGGCGAGGAGAUGAAGGACAUGGUCUAUUGUUUUGAGACGAUUACAAGAUUCCACGCCACUGCACUCCAUCUAUUGUCGAAAAGGGGUGUUGCGAACGAAGACUUUGACCAGAAGCAGGAGAUUGAGCAGCUGGGUCGGACCAUCCUGUCGCUGAUGGAAGCGUACGAUGCGUGCCGCGAUAAGCGCGUCACCUGCGAAAAUGAGCCCGAGUUCAGAGCCUACUAUCUCCUCUUCAACGCGCACGAUCCCUCCAUAGCAAAGAGGAUUCCAACGUGGGGGAAGGAGUACUGGUUUGAGUCUGAAGAGAUGCAGACGGCUCUGUCGCUUGUCCAGGCAAUGGACGAUGUCCGGGAACGAAAGGGGCCUAUCAAGCCGCGGCGGCCAACGACCCUGUCCGACACUUCUUUCGCAAACUAUUUUGCCAUUGUUGAAGACCCAUGUGUCUCUUAUACAAUGGCCUGCAUUGCCGAGAUUCAUUUCACGACGGUGCGCCAAGGCAUUCUCAAAAAUCUAGUCCGGAGCUAUGCGCGUUCCAGAGAUGCCCCUCGUACAAUUACGGCGUCGGAUUUGAACCGGAUGCUGAGGUUCGACACCGAUGACGAGGCCGUCGAGUUUGCCGAGCUUCAUGGUUUUGAGUUCUCGACAUGGGUUCCCGAAGGGAAAAACCAAGUGCCUGAACCAUAUCUCCUUCUCAACUCCAAGAAAAAGUAUGUACCCUGCCCGCGAGUCAGGCAGUCAUUCUCGGCAAAACUGGUCGAGCGCAAGCGCACGACACAGUCCCUGAUUGAUGUCAUCUACAACACCAUUUUUGAGGAGCCGGUGGAAAAGUCGGCAAGCGAGGGGGGAAGCCCCGACGGGCUGUUUGUUAGCCAGGCAGCGCGAUCCGAGACAGCCUCCUCUGUACCUUCUGCGACGGUAAAGCCACCUCUACUGUCAUCACAACCAACCGGAACUCCUUCGCCGUUCAGUGUCGCUAGAGAGAAGACACACCUUCCUAACGGCAUUCCACCAACCAAAGAGUCCGCCGGGACAGCGGCUCCUGAGCCCUUUGGCUUGCAAAAGUCGCAACCAGUAUCCGAUCCGUUCGGAGCUCCAACCCGACCCGCAACGGGUUCCAGCGCGUUUGGCCUUUUCCCUGGCUCUAACACGUCUAUGCCUCAAAGCUCAUCCACCGCCAGCUUGACUAGCACGACCAAACCACCCCCAAGCUUGAACCAACCUGCGCAGACAACGGCCCCUCCACCUUCAACACCCGAACCCUCAACACCUCUGGGGCUCUCUCCAUUUUCUAAAGAGGCCACCUCGACACCUGCACCGUUACUACCGACCGUUCCGUCCGCACAAGCAGCCUCUUCCCCCCUGGCGACUCUGGAUGCCGCUUCCAAACCAGUGCCGGCUGCGUCUGCCUUGGCGUCUUCUACCUCAGCGCCCCCAGCUCCCAGCAUUGCGUUGCCAUUUCCCUCGUUUUCGACAACAACGUCCGGAAAGCCAACGGAGCCGCCACCUACCCCUGCCGUUCCUGCAGUACCAACAAUAUCCAUUUCUCCAGCCUCUGAUGAAGACAAACUCGUCAGAAAAGAACCAUUCCAGUCCAUCUUUCCUCCGUCGAAGCCAGGGAUAUCUAGCCAAAGAGCUUUUCCCGCCAGCUCUAGUUCACAAACCGAUGCAUCUCCAGCGCCCCGGCCGGCUACCGCGCCGCUGAAGCCUCAGCCUCCUCCGAAGCGGGAUCUGAUGGGUGACUUUACAAAAUGGUUCGUGCAAGGUGACGGCGGUCUCAUGGAACAAUUCACCGAGAUUACACUGCAAGAUAUCCUCUGGGAAGCCUUUUCGGCCUUCCAAAGAGAAGAGGAAGAAAGGAAACGGCGCGAAGAGGACGAGGAGUCAUGGCGGCUCGCCCGCGCCCACCAAGCCUACCGCCUGCAAGUUAAAUACUUUUACCGAUGGCGCGACGCCGCUCAUGCCCGCGCCACCAAGCGCAUUCUCCGCGAGGGCAAGAAAAAAAUGCGCCUCUACCGUGCGCAGCAGCGCCAGGCACAGAAACAGCAGCUCGAGGCUGCGGAAAAGGCCGAAAUUGAAGCUAGGAGGGCCUUUAAGCGCCAAGCCCUUGAGAAUGGACUUCGCCUCGGUCAACUGGCGGAUAAGGCACGCCGGCGCAACAGUUUUGCACGUAGUAGUAUGGACCACGUUCGUGACUCUCACCCUGAGGAGGAAGCACGGCUGUUGCUUGAGACCGGCGUGUUUUCAGGCAUUGGGGAUGAGCGGGCCCAUGUGCAGAGGGUCAUGCGGGAGGAUACCUGGUUACCGCUUGCGCCGGGACGAACGUUCCACUACUACUCGGACUCGGAAUCGGAGCUCGAGUUUAAUUCCCCGUCGCAACCGCCGAGGUCGGUGGCGGACGAGACCUGUAGUAGCGCCGGUGGCGGCGACAAGAAAGAAGGGUGGAAGACCAGGUCGCUGCGAGAACGGUUCGGAAUUGACAACCAGCAGCGCUCCAGCUCCAGGGGCAGGAGCGUCUCUGCGAGCGGUUCUGUCAACGGCGGCAAGCCUGCUCCUUCGCAUCUGAGCUUCAGGCAGUCCCUGCCUUCAUCCAUGCCCCCACCGCCUACAAACAAGACAACGAAUUUCUCGAGAAAACGGUCAGCCGAUUCAGACGGCGAUUCGGAGGCGAGAAAGCGCCUCGCAGUGCAUGACAACCUUAAAGGAAGCACCGCUGGGUCGCGGCCAAGAUCCGGGUCUACCACCGCCCCCGUGGGUUGCCACCGGUCUCGCCAUUGGGAGCUCCGCGCCAGGGGGUUGGUUCCCAUGCCCGACGGGAGCUGGUUGCCCGAGGCCAUUGCCAAGCACAGCCCCACCCCGACUACCACCUCCGAUGUGCUCUCAGACGGUGGCGACGACGAGACCGAGCUUGAUAUGAGCGAGGUUGUGCGCAGCAGGGGCUCGCCUUCUCCGACGAGCAUGCAGCUCCGUCUGGAGAGGCUCAAAAGAUCGAGUCUCCGGGCGCAUGCCGCGAGGCGGGGCAGUUUUGAUUUUUACUCGCCUGGGGCUACUGGUCUUGAUGUUGGUGUUGGCGCCGGAACAAGAAUCGGCAUGGAUGGCUUCCUGAGCGGCGUGAGAUCGACGACGUCCACUUCCACACCGGCUCGCCCUGAGAGGAGCCUGUCUGCGAAGAGAAAACGGGAGGCGCCGGCUGAUGGAGAUCGAGAUGUGGAUUGUGGAGAGGGUGAGGAGGACGACAGGGAGCUGUCGCCGCCCGACGCGAAGAAGAAAGCCACGAGUGUCCCUGUCGUCGGGGCGGCUGCUGCUGCCCCACUCGGUCGGGAGGAGACCAAUGCCAUGGUGGAGGACACGAGGAGGAUGCUGAGGGAACUGAAGGAGUUUAUGGAUCGCAUGGACCAGGAGGGGGGUGGUCCUGUUUCUUAUCAGGUGUAGCGCGACGGAGCUUGGGAUAUGGCUUGAGUUGGCGAGGAGCUGUCUAUGGAGAGCUGCGAGCAAAUGGAUCUCUCUGGAGCGGGACUCAGCCAGGUCACGGCUGUCUUCGCAGGGAAUGAUACCUUCGACAUAAAAUGCGAGGGAAAGGUGAAUAUGCCUGGGUAUACUAAGAGAAAUGACGGCAUCAACAAGUGGGAUGGGCCAACCACGAAACAAUUCGGGGGAACAAAGCAUUCGAGAUGAAAAAUAAUGUCUGCGACCAAGCAAAGCGGGCAAAAGCAUAUACAGGGC